CGGGGGCGCUGGGAGUGGCGGCGCGGCUGCGGGGGAAGUUAGCAAAAGCGCCCCGGAUCCAGGGCUCAUGGGAAACUCUGUGUUGGUAAAGAAGGACGACGAGGAGGAGGAGAGCCACAGGCGAAUCAAGAAGCUGAAAACUGAGAAGGUUGACCCCCUGUUUACAGUGCCAGCACCACCGCCACCGAUUUCCAGCAGUCUCACGCCUCAGAUUCUACCCUCCUACUUUUCCCCAUCUUCAUCCAAUAUUGCAGCACCCGUUGAGCAGCUUUUGGUUCGGACUCGGUCUGUGGGUGUCAAUACAUGUGAAGUUGGAGUAGUGACAGAGCCAGAGUGUCUUGGGCCCUGUGAACCCGGGACCAGUGUGAAUUUGGAAGGGAUCGUGUGGCAUGAAACAGAAGAAGGGGUCCUGGUUGUCAAUGUCACGUGGAGGAACAAGACUUACGUGGGGACCCUGCUAGACUGCACCAAGCACGACUGGGCCCCUCCCAGGUUUUGCGAGUCACCGACAAGUGACCUAGAGAUGAGAGGUGGCCGGGGCAGAGGGAAGAGAGCAAGGUCGGCCGCCACCGCCCCUGGCUCCGAGGCCACUUUCACCGAGUCCAGGGGGCUGCAGAGCAAGAACAGAGGAGGGGCCAAUGGGAAAGGAAGGCGGGGCAGCCUCAAUGCCAGCGGGCGGAGGACACCCCCAAACUGUGCUGCAGAAGACAUCAAAGCCAGUCCUUCCUCCACCAAUAAGAGGAAAAACAAGCCUCCCAUGGAACUGGACCUGAACUCCAGCUCUGAAGACAAUAAGCCUGGGAAGCGCAUCCGCACAAACUCUAGAAGCACCCCCACCACCCCUCAGGGGAAACCAGAGACUCCUUUUUUGGACCAAGGCUGCUCUUCUCCAGUGUUAAUUGAUUGUCCUCACCCAAACUGCAACAAAAAGUACAAGCACAUUAAUGGCCUGAGGUACCACCAGGCUCAUGCACACUUGGACCCAGAAAACAAGCUGGAGUUUGAGCCCGACAGCGAGGACAAGAUCUCAGACUGCGAGGAGACCUUGAGUAAUGUGGCCCUUGACUGCGGGGAGCCAAGCACAAGUGUGUCUGCUUAUGACCAGGCAAAGACACCCAUGUCCCCUGGUGCCGGGAACCCCCCUGGGACUCCCAAAGGAAAGAGAGAGCUGAUGAGCAAUGGCCCGGGGGCUCUCAUGAGUCCCAAAGCUGGGAAGACCUCUGGCAAAAAGAAGGGCCUUAACAGUGAACUGAACAACCUUCCGGUCAUCUCUAACAUGACGGCCACCUCCGACAGCUGCUCGGCCGCAGACAGCGCGCUGACGGCUGAGAUGCCCAAACUGGAAGCAGAAGGGCUGAUUGACAAGAAAAACCUGGGAGACAAAGAAAAGGGCAGAAAAGCAAACCAUUGCAAAAUGGACAAAAACCUCUCCAAACUGAAAAGUGCGCGGCCCAUUGCCCCGGCCCCAGCCCCCACUCCCCCGCAGCUCAUUGCUAUACCUACUGCUGCCUUCACAACCACCACCACCGGGACGAUGCCCGGCCUGCCCUCCCUUACGACCACUGCUGUCCAGGCCACACCAAAGAGCCCUCCUCUAAAGCCCAUCCAACCAAAGCCCACAGUCAUGGGAGAGCCUGUCACCGUGAACCCAGCUCUGGUGUCGCUGAAAGACAAGAAGAAAAAGGAAAAGCGCAAGCUGAAGGACAAGGAAGGGAAAGAUUCGGGAAGCCCGAAAGUGGAUGCAAAGCUGGGGAAGCCGGAGGACACCAAGGGCACUGGCAAAGACUUACCUGGGCAUUUUUUAAAGGAGCAUCUCAGCAGGAAUGAAGGGCUGGCUAACGGGCUGUCAGAGGCUCAGGAGAGCCGCAUGGCCAGCAUCAAGGCCGAAGCCGACAAGGUCUACACGUUCACAGACAAUGCCCCCAGCCCGUCCAUAGGCAGCGCCUCGAGGACGGAGUGCAGCGCCCUGGUGAGCGGGCAGGCACCCAUGGGCCCACUGCAUGUGCUGACCCAGAACGGCGCCGAGAGCUCGGCUGCCAAGACCAGCAGCCCGGCCUAUUCAGAUAUUUCCGAUGCUGCUGAUGAUGGUGGGUCUGACAGCCGGUCAGAGGGCAUGAGGUCAAAGGCCAGUUCCCCGUCCGACAUCAUUUCUAGCAAGGACGGUAUCGUGAAGGGGCACUCCUCCACUGCCGCACCGCCGUCUCAACUGAAGGAGUCCCCUUCCCCCUAUUACCAUGGCUAUGACCCUUAUUAUUCCCCGAGUUACAUGCACCCCGGCCAGGUUGGUGGCCCUGUGGCUGGGAAUAGCGGGAGCUCACAGGCCAUGAAGAUCAAGAAGGAGUCCGAGGAAGAUGCAGAGAAGAAAGACAAGGCAGAGCAGCUAGAGUCUAAGAAAGCGGACCACAGUUCUGCAUCCCUGCAGCCGCAGCACCAGUCGGUGAUCACGCAGAGGCACCCUGCCCUGGCCCAGUCGCUCUAUUACGGCCAGUACGCCUAUGGGCUGUACAUGGACCAGAAGUCUCUGAUGGCCUCCAGCCCUGCCUACAGACAGCAGUAUGAGAAGUACUAUGAGGACCAGAGGCUGGCAGAGCAGAAAGUGGCCCAGGCUGGCAGAGGAGACUGUGACAGGAAGACUGAGCUCCCCCUGAAGGAGCUGGGCAAGGAGGACAGUAAGCAGAAAAGCACGCCGUCGGCCACAGUCUCAAAAGCUCCCUCUGCUCCGGAGCCUAACAAAAACCAUUCUAAACUAGGGCCGUCAGUGCCUAAUAAAACUGAGGAGACAGGUAAAUCACAGCUUCUCUCCAAUCACCAGCAGCAGCUUCAGGCCGACAGCUUCAAAGCUAAGCAGAUGGAAAACCACCAGCUUAUUAAGGAGGCUGUAGAAAUGAAGUCUGUCAUGGACUCUAUGAAGCAGACAGGUGUAGACCCAACCUCGAGAUUUAAACAAGAUCCAGAUUCAAGGACGUGGCAUCAUUACGUCUACCAGCCCAAAUACCUGGAUCAGCAAAAAUCAGAAGAACUUGACCGAGAGAAGAAGUUGAGAGAGGACAGUCCAAGGAAAACUCCUAAUAAAGACAGCGCCGCGUCCAGCCUGCCCGUGUCAUUGACAAGCAUCAAAGAAGAACCCAAAGAGGCCAGGCGUCCCGACUCACAGUCAGUGGACGACAACAAGCUGAAGAAUGACGACCGAAAGACCCCUGUGAAUUGGAAGGACUCCCGGGGGGCCAGAGUGGCAGUGUCCUCGCCCAUGAGUCAGCAUCAGUCCUACAUACAGUACUUGCAUGCUUAUCCUUACCCGCAGAUGUAUGACCCCAGCCACCCUGCAUACCGGGCUGUCUCUCCUGUCCUAAUGCACAGUUACCCUGGGGCCUAUCUCUCUCCAGGAUUUCAUUAUCCUGUUUAUGGGAAGAUGUCAGGGAGAGACGAGGCAGAGAAAGUCAAUACCAGCCCCAGCAUCACCACGAAGACAACCACUGAAUCUAAAGCCCUGGACUUGCUCCAGCAGCAUGCCAACCAGUACCGCAGCAAGUCUCCUGCUCCGGUGGAAAAGGUGACAGCCGAGCGGGAACGGGAGGCGGAGCGGGAACGGGAUCGCCACUCCCCCUUCGGCCAGAGACACCUGCAUACCCACCACCACACCCACGUCGGCAUGGGCUACCCUCUGAUCCCUGGCCAGUAUGACCCUUUUCAAGGCUUGACCUCUGCUGCCCUCGUUGCCUCUCAGCAGGUGGCUGCCCAGGCGUCUGCAUCAGGAAUGUUUCCUGCACAGAGAAGAGAAUAACAGGAUUAGAAGUGUACGGUGUCAUGUGACUGGAUCACAUGGGGAAGCGCUUUAUACAGACAUCAGUUCCAUGGUGUUAAUUUGAAAUGCCUUAAUGGCAGGCAAAAACCAGUCAUUUCAUUUUUGUAAAUUACAGAUUUUAUCACAGAGUAACAAAUGUUGCUGUAAUUAAACUUCUGUUUUAUAUAUAUAUAUACGUAUACAUAUCUGUAUAUAUACAUACACAUAUAUAUAUAUAUACAUAUAUAUAUAUUCUUUACUUUUUGUAUCAGUAACCAGGCUCGCACACACAGGGUCUGCUGCCAAGUUGCAAACCACUCAGUAAAGGAAAUAAAAAUGUAUUUGUCAUGUUGAAAAGUGUUAGCCACAAAAGGCUGCUUAGUUUCUUUUCCUUUUCUCCUUUUAAACUGUAAAUAAAGAACGUUAUGUAUCAGCGUGCCCACCCCCUUGCAUACCCUUCCUGUAUUUCCCGUGAGCCCUCAGAAAGGCGAACUGUGAUGGUGACACUCGGUACAGUUUAGAUGUCUGUCGGUGGCGCCUGCUAAAGACGCAUCAGUGUAAAGUGCUCCUGUAGUCACUGUUUGUACUCGUGCAUUGUGGGAAAAAAUACUUCUGGAAGGCAUGGGGUUGCCAGUACCACAAAAACUGUGUUGUAUAUAAUGUAAAGAUUAAAAUGGGGAAAUAAUGAGCAUCUGUGAAUAAUAAGGUGUCAUUUUUUGAUAAUCUUGAAUGGCAAAUAACCCAAUAGCCUGCGUAACAGAGACAUCUGUGAUUGUUCUAUUACUUGAAUAGUCCUACAGUCCUUUUCUUUUUUUUUAAAUGUUUACAAUUUUCCAGUUUUAGAAAGACUUUAACGCCAUUGCCUGGUUACUUGUUUUAUGCUGUAAUCUAGUUUAUUUUAUGUAAAAUGUAUAUUGAAU